AUCCUUUCAUGUUUCCUGUCGCGCAAUAAAUUUUACGCUCAGAUGUUGAUUUCUUAGUUAUUUUGGAGGGAAAAUGUUCGUGGAGAAACCCAAAGAAGAAAUAUACGAUGUCAUCAUCAACAAAGUAAGUCUCUUAGGUUGCUUUUGCUUUUGCUUUUAGGUUACUUUUUUGAGUUUUUUAAACUCUCGGAACUGCGUGAACAAAAUUCAACAUGGCUGACAAUUAUUUUUGCAGCGUGUUUUGGUUCUUGUAUCUAUUGACUUAGACUCCUUAUGUGCUUGCAAGAUUCUUCAGGUGAGAUAUCACAAUUUUAUAUUAGAAAGAAACUGAAAACAGCUAAUUCGAAUUAGGAGCGCGGCACGAUUGCUUCCUGAGUGUAAACACGAAUCACUUCUUUUUCCUCGCUCGGUAUUGUUCCUCUUUUUAUAAGGAUACUGGCAAAGUUGGUUUGCGUUAGUUGAAAGGAUUUUUCUCAAAGAUUGUCUCAACCAUUUUAGAGUGUAAUUUUUAUUUAAGUACAAUUAUCUGAGCUAUUCGAUCAUCCUUGCGCUAAAUGCAUGUGUGUACAUUUGUAACAAUAGAUAAACUUCAUAUGUAACCAAGCAAUGAAAACGACUUCUGAAAUAUGAGCGAGGAUUCCUCUCUAACCCUAUUCUUAAUUUGGUCCCCCUCCUUUUCCCUUUCUCUUCCGAAUAUGUUCCUUUUCCAUAUAUUGUAUUAAAAAUCUCUACAAUUCCAAUUAUUAAAUAACUCUUGAAAUCAAUAAAUUUUGAAAAUUACUGUCAGUGAUGUUACCCAGUUCAUUCUUCAUUUCUUUUGUUUGUCUUUUGAUAGUGGCUGUUUAAAUGUGAUAAUGUGCAGUACACUAUCGUCCCUGUUAGCGGAAAAGAGGAUCUAGUGAAGGCCUAUCAUGAACACUCUGAACAGGUGAACAACAAAAAAAUGCAGCUUUGCUAAUGAAUUACCUUUUGAUACGAGUGGGAAGUAUUUAUUUGUUUACUUAUUUAUUUAUUUAUUUAUUUAUUUAUCUCCAUCACUAUGCAUAAUCUACCUACAGAAAAACAUUACAUGAAGAAAUGAAAUUUUUAGUUGACAGGGGAAAAAAGAAAUUUCAACCACCGCUUCACCUAACAUACCUACAGGAAAAACGUAAAAUGCAGAAAUGAAAUUUUAGUCAACAGGAGACAAAAUAUAUUUUGAAACGAACCCCUAUUGCAACCACUUGUCUGUAAACUGCCAAUUUUUCUAAGUACAUAAGUUUUAGAUGUUGGAUUUGAUUGGUUUUUCUUUGAACAUUUUCAGUUGAAGCAUAUAUUUUUGAUAAACUGUGGUGCAAAUUUGAACAUUCUGGAGAUACUGGAACCAGAGGAAGAUGUCAUGUUUUACAUUGCUGACAGGUAAUCAGGAGUCCUGUGGUAUCUUGAGCAGAAUAAAAUCUGACAAAUGUUUAAUUUCACUUUCUUUCUUAUUUUUUAAGUCACAGGCCUAUUGAUCUGGAUAAUAUUUAUAAUCAGGACCAGGUUAAGUUACUAAUGAAGGAAGGGGAACACCUCACAGUCCCUGACUUUGAUGAGAUUUAUGCUGACUCAGAGGUAAAUAUUACUUUUACCAGUUCUCAGUUAAUAUAUGCACUAAGAUUAGUAUGGCCUGCUAAAUUCAAAAGUUUUUUAAUAUGAAAUCUUUUAGCCCAAAGAUGUAAUAAAUCUCUUACUAACCUUGCUUUCUUGGUCAAUACUGUAAAUUGUGGAACCUCAUUUUUUGGGCUCAGAUUUAUGGCCUGCAGGCUUUGUGCUUGGGCCAGAAAUCUGAUUGGAAAAAAACUUACAGUACAAACCUCAAACUUAGUAAGAGGUAUAUAAGUAAUGUUAGAAUAUCAGAUAGUUUGGUUCUUUUCGUUUAUUUUUCUAACAUAGGAAAACUGGUUGUAUUUCAUGAUGUGAUUGUCAUUAAUGAUUUUGCAGGAUGAAUUUGAAGACUCAGAUACUGAGGAAUCUGAACCCUCCUCAAAAAGAAGAAGAACAGGAGAUGAGGUGAUUUCUUUGUAUGAUACUCACUGCUACCAAUGAUUUUUAAGACCAAGUUGUGAAAAAGCUGUCACAGUUGAAUGAUUGAGGGAAGUUUUUUGCACACAGGUGUAUUUUUUUCAACAUAGGAUUUUGGAAGUCACUGACUGCAAAAUAACUUCUUGUGCAUAUUUUUGGCUUUUAGGACUCUCCAGUUUCAAAGCGAAUGUCAAAAAGACAAUGGCACCAAAACAGGUUAUUUCAGUCAUCUGAUCAUGAUUAUGAUUGACUUUCCUUCUGCAUUUUCCUCUUACUUGCUUCAUUAGAAAAAUGUGAAUUUUUCACUAAUGUUGAGGUAAAGGACAUAGGCUAAAAAGGUGUCACAGCUCAGAAUGUUACUAAUUUUAAUUAUCUUUUACUUCCAAAGACAAGAAAUUCUUUAUCAGUACUAUGCCUAUGCUUUCCAUGGAAGUUCAGUAAGUAAAGUACAUCUUUUGUUUAACGCAACUUCACUUAAAGUGAAAAGGGAAGAGCAUUUAAUAAUGCUAGUUUCUCUAAUAAAUGCUAGGCAUUAAGACAUACUAAGUUAAAAAAAAACAAACAAACAUACAAAAUCCAGCUUUCUUGUUGGAUAAGAUUGAAAGUGGUUUUUUCUUGGGCUUUGCCCGGAUGGAAAGUGAGCAAAGAGGACAUACUGGACCAAGUACAUUGUUGAAACUUCUCUUUCCUUUAUGAUUAAAUUUACCAACAAGUUUAUGCAAUUAUUUUCCUUCAAGUUAAUGCUGAAUUAUAAUCAGCAGAAGUAACAUAGCAUUGAAGCAGUAAUUUUUUGAUGUUGUGUUCUCAUUAUUUCUCAGGCAUCCUUGGUCAUGUAUGAAUUGGCUUGGAAAAUGAGUAAAGAUAGUAAUGACUUGCUAUGGUGGGCAGCAAUUGGAUUGACUCAUCAAUAUCUAUAUGAAAAAAUUGAUAGGUAUAAUGAUUAAUGCUGUAUCAUUAAUUUGUAUGUCUUGGUUGAACUUCUUGCUAUUGUCUAUAAAUAAUGUUCUUUGCCAAGAGUUUUUACUCGAUUCACAAGUUUUCAAACACCUAAUCACUGAGUAUGAAAAAGGAAAACCAAAGCAAUACCAGAUUUCUUUGUAAACAUGUAACUUCUUCCUGUGAUAUCCAUAAAUUAUCCAGCAAACAGGUGAUGAGAAUACUCAAACUUAUUUGGCAGACAUUGUUAUCUUGAUCUAACACCAACUUCUUGUAAGUAAUUCGCAAAGAAAUCUGUAACAGCUAGAGGGGAGAGUUAACAAUUAGAUCACGGGAGUUUGUGAGUUGUUAAACUCACAAACCUUGAAAUGUUUAGUUUGAUUCUAUAUUUUGACAAUUAUCUUUUGUAUAAUUUCAUCAGUGAUAAGUAUGUAACUGAUGCUCAAAAUCUCCAUGAACAUGUGAUGAGGCAUAAUCAUGGAACAGAUGAAAAUGGUUCUUCUGUGAACUGCAUGAAGAUUGUCUUUGAUACUGAGUAUCCUUUUCAAUGAAUGGAAUGAAUUUAAUUUAUCCUGUAACUUUUCAAAUUAGUUAGUAAUCAUCUAGCAAGUUAAGUUGGCUUGCUCACAGACAAACAUGCUGUUUUAGUCAUUCUGUUGCUAGACCUUGUAUAAGUAAGCCAUUGCUUUUUCCUUGGAUCAUACUGUAGAAAAGCUAACUUUCACUGGGAGCUUCCCAUGUUUAUGAUAUGUCCAGUAAUUAGUAAUAAAAACCUAGGUAGAGUACAUAAAGUAGGAAAAAAAUAAGUUACUUGUGUAAUAGCAUGUUUCAGGAAAAUGUAAGUUACUCAAAGACAUGUAAUAGCAUGUUUUUCCAUUCAGAUAUCAUUAAUGUUAUUUUUCCAUGCAAGCCUUAACAUAAUAAAAUAGACUGCGAUUGUCAUUAUACAGACAUUGGUCUCUGUUUGACAGCAUCUGUAACUCCCGCUAUACAGCCUGCAGGUUCAGGGUUUGGACAAUGAAAGGAAAAAAGAAACUUAAUGAAUUUCUUGCUGACAUGGGGUAAGAUUGGAUGGAUCAUUUUAAUAUUAAAAAUAAGUUGCAUCUGGCUAAUGAGUACAGGCAAGCAGCUUUUAGUUACCUCCAAGGCAGUUUGAGUUUAUUUCACAAAAAUGGCCAGGGUUGGUGGGAAACUUGGCAGACCAGUGUUAACACAAAAUAUUAUUUUUAAAAUAUUAAAAAUUAGUUACAUCUGGCUAAUGAGUACAGGAAGGCAGCUUUUAGUUACCUCCAGGGCAGUUUGAGUUUAUUUCACAAAAAUGGCUAAGGUGGGUGGGAAACUUUUUUGAACUUGAAAAAUUAAAUCCAUGAAUGUAGAUUUUAUGUAGCAGUGGAUUUCUUAAAAUUGACUUUCUUCUCAUCCACUGUUUUCAGAUGAAAUUGAGAUGUUUAUAGUUUUGGUUUUUGUAGAGUGAGGAAAAUUGGACGACAAGUCAACAAGAACAAGAGACUAAAUCCAAAUGCUUGAUGAAAGCUUACUGAAAUGCUGAAAACAAUUUCAAUAAUAUGAUGGCUCAUCCCAGAAUUGUUUUAUAGACUUUCCAAGUUUUUCAGUGUUUGUGGAACCUAAAAUAAGUGCAUUGUGCCACAAAUAUCACUUAUAAUUUUGAGAAUUUCUGCCAUUGGGUAUUAUUUCUUGUAUGUACCUUAAAUUUUUAAUUUAUAAGUUUAUAAUACUGAAAACAAUUGUCUUCCUGUUCCUCACCUCAUAAAAUAAACCCUCCAAAAAUAAAAGGAGAUGUCCUUGGAUUUGGUGAUAUCAUACAUUGUUGUUUUGUUACAGAUAUUAAAAGGGAAAUUGAUAGUUGUUUACAUACUCAUUUUCAUCUUGUUGAUUUUUGUUGUUGCAGAAUCCCUCUUGUUCAGAGUAAGCAAAAAUUUCACAGCAUGGAUUUUGACCUGAGGAACAACCUAAAAGGAUGGGUUGAAACUUCUGCUGACAAAUUUGGGUGAGUUGGCAAAUAUAAUGGCAUACUCUGCCACAUGUUAUAACAUAUAUUGACAUCUUCCAAUUAUGAGGUAUUGGCAAACUGGAAGAAAUUCAUCUAGUUAUUGCUGGUUUUGAUCGAAAGCAAAGGUCAACUCCUUUUGGGUAUUGAGUUAUGCCCUUACGUAUGUGUGAAGGGUUUGAAAUCUGUAUAUGCUGUCUUCUCUGUCAUCGGGCACUCAAACGUUUAGCUAAUUUUGCGUAUCGUCAAUUCACGCGCAUUAUAACUGAAUUUCCCUUCUCUAAGGCCCAAGGAAGAUUGGCCAAAAACCAAAACUGGCUUGCCCCACUUGCGGACAGGAUGGCCAGACCCACCAGUUCUCAGAAAUGGAAAGUGGCCAAUCCCUAUAUAUAACUGUUAAAAAUUAUUACCAGGGAGUUUUAACUCAUACUUUCAGAGAUAGAUCAGUUAAGCUUAAAAGCAAUUGGGUCGUUCAUCAGAAUCUUUGUGUCCAGGAACACUGCCAGUCACCAGAAAAGAGCUAUGAAGCCAAACGUAGAUAUGUUAGAGGUGUUUUCCUGACUAAGAGCGUAGAAGAUUAAAGGAUGCGAAUGACGAGCUUUGAUGAUUUUGAUGUUGAUGUCUUGUUUUUUAUCUUUGUCAAGGCUCGAUGAAAUGUCGUACGGAACAUUCCACGUUCAGUAUGGCUUCAAAAAUAAGGUAACGACAAGAAUUCCCCUAAGAUUAACCAAGGAAUGUGAUACGACGAUAAGAAAUACUAGUUGUUUUUUUUAAAUAGAAAAACCACCAUGGAUUGUUUUUUGUUUAUCUUUCUGUUUGGUGUGUUGAUUUUUUAUCCAAAAGUAAAUUGUCCUUCUUCGCGAACGUUGGAAAUGAGAGAAAUCUUAAGGGUUUUUCACAGGAAAAGGGCCGUGGGCGUGUGCAACUCUCCUAAUAGGUGUCCUAGACCGGCAUCUUACUUCGGGGCUCGUGCAGGGAUCUAAAAUCAUGAUGUAACUCCACAAAAUCAUUUUCAAGGCUCGGAAUGCAGUAGGAUUUUAGAAUCUUCCUUAGAAAGUGAUCACUUGUUCUGAGUCAUGUGGGGUCAAAUGCACCUCAACGCCCCCCUUUAUCACGCCCUUGCCACGUGCCGCUCACCUUAGUGUUCAACUACUUUCCUUGUUUUAACAGCUUUGUGCAAGCGACGUUGUCUAUGCCGUUAAUGCUCUUUUGGAAGCUCCGGUAAGUUAUUAUAAAAUAACCUCUCUCAACCAGUUCGUUGCUCGCUCGGCCAGGCCAUAAAUUGUACAAAUAAAUAGCUGAUGGGUCUAUUUCCACAGGAAACAGAAGGGAUGAGCAAAUGGGAUCACUUUUUAGAGGCUCUAGAUGCUUUGUCCAGGUACGAGAGGCGAAUAAUUCUUAAAACAAAAUGCUUUACUCACUCGAUUACAACGGGUUAUUUUUAAGUUGAACAAGAAUCAAAUAAGUAACAGAAAUUUGUUAUUGAUUAUUAAAAAUUAUUAGAUUUUUUCACGCGUAGUAUGGGUGCUUAUUACAGACAUACUGGCCCUUUCCGCUGCUUAAACCUUUAACCCCUAAGAAUGAAUCACAUCUUAUUUCUCCCUACAAUUUCACCCCUGAGUCACAUAUUAAGGUCAUGAGAAUAAAGGAAAUGAUCACCAACUAAGAAAGCUCUUGAUUGUUAAACAAGUUCUCUUUGUCAGCAACUUAGGAAAUGUGUAGAGAACAGUUUGGAGAAUAUGCAUACUGAUGUUAAGGUGUAGAGGGUUGAGGUUCAUAUUUCCUACUGUUAACAUAUGUUGUAAUGAACCCUGAUCACUUAGCUACAGCCUUACGACCUGCUUUUAGGAAUUCGGCUUCUUUUUUGUACUUCAAGUCUCAGGAUUUUUUAGUCUUUAAUUCCUUAUAAAAUCCCUUCGAGAUCAAAGUGUGUUAAAAGCAGUUGUAGUUUGCAUCCACUGUUUGAGUCCCCUUAACCCUUUAAACCCUAAGAGUGACUAGCAUUUAAUUUUUCUUUAAAGUAAUACUGCUGAAUCAUUAAUUAAGAUCGCGAAAAUAUAGGAAAUGAUUUUCAAACUAUGGAACUUUGAUUGUUAAAUUAAUUCUCCUUGUCAUUACCAAAAGGAAAGUAUGGGGAAGAGUAUUGAGAAUAUGGAUACUGAUGUUUGGGUGUAAAGGGUUAAAGUAUGUUUUGAAACCAACUUUUUCUUCGAUAUGGUUUUCUCCAUUGAUUAGCUAUUUGAAACGGUCGUACUGUCGUUAUCGAAUCAACUGUAUUUAGGGGUUUACUCUUGACAGACCUGACCUUUACUCUUGACAGACCUUGACCAGACCUUUCAGAGUGCUCUCUAAACUUCCCAAGUGCUUCAUAUCUCGAUGAACGCACAGCUGACAUAUGAACCAAUUGUUUUAUAACAUUUUCAACCCGAUGGAAAAUUUUUUCUCGAGGGAUAUGUUUGCUGACGUCAUGAGCGUGCACAAUAGGGAUAUGAAGCACGCUCGCGCAAUUGAAUUUGAUUAGACAAAUUUACUAGCUAUGUUAUAAAAACGUUAGUAACUGUUUUUCUUAGAUCAAAUACUGAGAAACUUCAAGAAGGUAUCAAGCUGGGAAAGAAGCAAGUAAGCACUGUUUUUAUCGGUAACGUCUCUUGAGAGUGCUCGACGACUUCACGGUUUAAUUUUGCUCAAUAUUCAGUUGUUAUUAUGGAGCGUAGAUGUAUUUUUUAUCUCAAGGUGCUGCACUGGUAACCGGCUGGAUAGGAGGAGGCGUGCUUGCUGCAGCUAAUCUAAAUUUUUUCUAUUCUUUGUAGUUGAUUGCCGUCGUGGAGCAAGUUAGAUCAUUGAUUGACAUGCAUCAAGUCAUGUGUGCAGGUCAUUUCCUCUAUUCACAUCUUAGAGAGGUAUGAGAGCUGUUACACAUGAGGGACCGGUCAUUUUUUUUCGCGGGGGGGGGGGGAGGGAAAUUUGGUAGUGUCGCAUUGAAAUUUAGCAAUUUCCCCCCUCCCCAGGCUCUGUAUUCUCAUAAUGAUCCCACCUCACUGGCGGUCAAUUUACAUACUCUUAGCGACGACUGAUCCCCCUCCGUACCCCCUGAAACCCCCCCUCCCCCCCCUCUUUGAAAUAAAAAAUUGUCCGACCCCCUCUGGCGAUGUAAAACUGUAUCUCGCAAGCUUGCUGAUGUUUAUAAGAGGAACUUGCGGUUUACCUAAUUUCGUUCAUAUCAUAAUGAAUUAAAAUGAUUUCCUUUUGUUUUUAGGGUAUACCGGACUUGAACUUGUUUGGUAAGCCAGCUGUCUUAGGGGCGUUAGCUCGGUUCAUCCUCAACGCUUAUGUCGUGAUGGUAUGUCUUUCGACGCACACUACAGUGGGUAGACCCAGGAGUUUUUGAUAAGGGGUUCAAGCUUUGAUUCAAGAAACAGAGUUUUUAAAAACUAGAGCCUAAAUAAGCUUAAAAAUAUUGAAAGACAAGUAAAUGGAGAUAUUUCAUUUUGAUUAUUGAAUUGCGAUCCUGUCUUUGAAAAAAAUCGUUGUCAGAUAACUUAUUGAAAAACGACCAGGUCUGAGAGUAGCCGUAGCCAAUCAGAUUGCUACAUAUGUGAUAGAACGCUAGCACAUUAUGAGACAAAACGCUUGUAGAUUUAUGCUCAGUGCCCGUAGAGAUCACUUCGGUUUUCCACUUUGGUUUUCAUGAUCAUUGUAUUUGAUGUACACCGUAUUCUAGUCUUUAAGAUUAUACCAAUCCUUUCUCUGUCAUAAUGAAGUGAAUCUACAUUCAUUCGUUUGCUAUUUGUGACAUAGUGAGAUGAUGGCGUCUAAAUUUCAGCUGAUUUUAUUUUUGUUUUCGUCUUUUGUCUUAUUAAGUCCAAAAACAAGAAAGCAGCCGCUCUUCCUUUCGUUCUUGCAGCGCCCUUGGACUCAGAGAAAGGUAGGGAUAGCAGAUGUUAACGACUACAAGACUGGGAGGAAAGCUCUCUGUGACUGCUUUGGUUUUACUUUAUUUCGCUCUGUGAUUGGUGUAGGUAACUUGUGCCCUACUCUCAACCAAUCAAAAGAACUAAAAUUAAAACCAACCGCGACUUGGUUACUCGCGUUUUCCCGCGCUUGAGGCAGUUUGCCUGUUUUGACUUUGAGUUUUCAUUGGCUGGUGAUAUAGCCAACCUUUGCUCUGAUUGGCUCUAAAGAUUCUGACGAUGACAUAAGCCUGUGAGUGUCCAUUAGCCUUUGGUAGUAGUGUCGACUUCAGUAACUUGUGGCCAAUCAUCUGAACAAGUACUUUCAUUUCGAGCAUCUCACUUGACAAAUAACAGUGUUUCUGACUUUUUUCAAUUUUACUUUUGUUACCAGGGACUUGCCUACUCGUUGGCGUGCCUCCGAUUGCUGACGAUUCAGGCAAAAAGUAAGUUCCUUAACUUAGUCAUGCCACAGCGGUUACAUGAGCAGACUGGAGAACUUAAGUAGAGACGUUUUGAGACACGGACGGCCACCGGAAGAAAAAUAAAACUAGUUUUAUCCUGUAGCGCUUUGACGCCAACGUAUCGACUAUAAGGUCGUCGUUGUAGCAUUUUAUACCAAAAUACACUGACAAAAAUGGUACGCUGACAAAAAUGGUGCACUGAGAAGUAGGAAUGAGAAUUUAAACUUCCGGUUACCAUCUGAGUUUCAAAACGUUUGUGCUUAAGCUCCUUUCUACCUCUUCAAAGCACAUACCUGUCUCUACAACAGCCAAUUUCCUUUGUUCCCCAGAAAGACGUUGUUAAAAUUGUUGACUGUAUUAAGUUUAUUAUGUUUGUCCGUUCACCUUUUUCUUUACAGUUUCUUGGGAAAGGCUUUUGAAAUGGCUGCGAGCAAAACAAAGUCUAGGACAAUUCACGACCACUUUGACCCAGCAGGUAAGAAUGAAGUGCUUUGCGGAAAAAAUUAAAUUAAAAACUUUUAUGAUGAGCAUGGACCAUUUCUUUGUGUGUUGUCUUUCUUAACAUAGAGAGGGGAGUUUUGUGCUAGGAGCUACAUAUAGAUUGAUGACUAAAUAUCAUUGUUCUGCUUUUUUUUGUCAUUGUUCUGCUUUUAUUUUGUCAUUGUUCUUUAAUUUUUUUUCUUUUUGUCAAAAUGAAGUGUGUUCGCUUACUAAGUACUUGUUCUUUUGUUAUACUUUUCAAACAGAAAUUAUUUUCUUCUUGUUCUAGUGAUUGAAAUGAAGAGUGAAGACCGUGGAAAGUUCUUCGAUGCCCUAUCAGCUCUACUAAUACCAAAAUAAAACUAAAGUAUCUGUAGUCAUAGUCAAUCUUUCCCCUUUUUUCUCAUGAUUUUUUUGUUAUCUGUCUGAAGUCUUAAGGCUUAGAUAUUCACUCAGAGAAUUCCUGCAGACCUGUUAACUGAAGUGGGUCACUAAAAAGAAAGGAAAGGUUGAAAUCACUUAAUCCGCCUGGACUCUUAAUAAUUUAAGAUAGAAAAGUCUUAAAACUUACAUUUACCUUAAAACUCGAUGCUUGUAGAUAAAACUAAUCAAAGUCUCGUGGCAAGAGGCAGUCUCUGAAUUGCGUAAAAGUAUGAGAAAAUUUUCUGCGGAGUGAAAUUUGCAGCCAGACAUUGGUCAAAUUUUAGUCUGAAUUUAUCCUCUAUUUUUCGAUGCCAAAACCAACGUGUCUGGAAUUGUCUAUCUUCAAGAAUUUGUUGGUGUGCUUGGUUAAAUGGUUCCAUUCCAUUUUAUCUUUGCAGCGUGACCAGAAUAAUCGGUGUUCUGGGAGAUUCCGGUCCAGGUUCUCGCGCUUAUUCUCUACUCGGCAUGACUUUGUACAUAGUAACAGAAAUAUCAUUUACGUCCGUCUUUGGUGUAGUGUUAAUUUGUAUGAUUGAAUAUCCGUGAAAUACGCUCGCUUUAUCUUUUGCAUUGUUAAAGAUUGAAUUAAACGUUUGGCAACCAACCGAAACAACUAGAAUGUUUCUUAAGCCUUCCUAGUUAAGGGUCCACAGACCAAGAAUUAUUUUGGGGGAGUACGUCUGGGCGUUUUUACAUAAUGUCAGGUUGGCAUUCACC